AUGCUUCUCCCCAACACCCUGCGCCUGUCAGUGGCAGCCCUCCUCGCAAUAUGCGCCGCGGCCGACGAUGCCUCGAUCCUCUACAAUGAGGUCGCGAGGAACAGCAACGAGAGUCUACUAUGGGGCCCAUACCGCCCGAACCUUUAUUUUGGGGUCAGGCCCAGGAUCCCGAAGAGCUUGAUGGGUGGGUUGAUGUGGAGCCGGGUGGAUAGUUAUGAGAUUAUGCAGAACUCCUUUAGGCAUACGUGCGAGCAGGGCGACAACAUGAAAGGCUACGGCUGGGACGAGUACGAUGCGCGGACUGGAGGCCAGCAGACGAUCUACGAUGAGGGGAAUGGCAUUGACAUCAAAACCACGUUUGUUAAGAUUCCUGGUGGGAGUAACGGUGGUGGCUGGGCUGUACGUGUUAGAGGCAAAGUCCGCGAAGGCGCGCCUCUGGACUUGAAAAGUACUGUGGUGUGGUACAACUCCCUCGAAGGAGUCGGCAGUCUCGAGAUCGAAAAUGAGCCGGAGGAGCUGGGCUAUGAAGGCGAUGUGACGCUGAAGGGUGAGUCCGAGGGAUUGGGACAGUACAAAGUUACUGUUACAACGGGCAGAGGAAACCAUCCGAAGACUGAGCAUGCGUCGUAUGAGGAGAAGCCGCUGGAUCGCACGAUUGUGCAUUCGCUUCAGGCGGUAGAGACGACCUUGUGGCAGGUUAAGGGGGUGCUGCUCAAGAUGUUGAAGGUGCAGAUUGACAAGUACAUUGACAGGUUUGGCGAGGAGAACCCACCGCCGCCGUUCCAGCUGUACACUAUUGAGAAUAAGGCUGGACCAGGAAAUCUACAUUUGGUGCAGAAGGUGUUUGAAGGGGACUUUGAGUUUGAUGUUAUUUUCAACAGUGGCUCAGCCGAGAAGGAAUACACGAGCCAGGACGUUAGUGAGAUUCUGGCGAGAAGCUCGAAGGGGUUCUGGGAUCGAUUUGUGGCUACUUUUGAUCCUCAGCCGCCGUUUGGUGUCGAGAGGCUCCAGAGAUUUGCUGGAAGCAUGUUCUCAAAUUUGCUUGGAGGAUUGGGGUAUUUCUAUGGAGACUCGCUCGUUGAUAGAUCGUACGCUCCAGAAUACGAUGAAGACGGCGAGAAUUUCUGGAUGGAGACUGCUGCCGCGAGAGCCAAGAAGCAAGAGAAGCUUGAGGGCCCCUCGGAACUCUUCACCACCGUUCCCUCAAGGCCAUUCUUCCCCCGUGGUUUCCUCUGGGAUGAAGGGUUCCACUUGAUGCCGAUCGUAGACUGGGACUUGGAUAUCGCUCUCGAAAUCGUCAAGAGCUGGUUCAAUCUCAUGGAUGAAGACGGGUGGAUCGGCCGCGAGCAAAUCCUCGGAGACGAAGCUCGCAGCAAAGUCCCAGUCGAGUUCCAGGUCCAAUACCCGCACUACGCCAACCCUCCGACCCUCUUCUUCGUAAUCGACAACUUCAUCAGCAAAAUUCAAGCUAUGAACGGCUCUCCAUCCACAGCGACGGAGAGUCUCGGCGCAAAGCCCAACUCCGUGUACCUCAAAGACCUAGAUCUUGCCCUCCACUACCUUCGUGAGCUCUACCCUAAGCUACGAACACAUUACUUCUGGUACAAGAAGACGCAAUCCGGCGAUCUGAAGACCUACGAACGCGAUGCCUUCUCCACCAAAGAAGCAUACCGCUGGAGAGGCCGCAGUCCGCGUCACAUCCUCACCAGUGGUCUCGACGACUACCCUCGUCCACAACCACCGCACCCAGGAGAGCUGCACGUUGACCUCAUGUCCUGGAUGGGCAUGAUGACCAAGUCGCUCAAGAAUAUCGCUACGCUCCUCGACUACUCGGACGAUGUAAAGGAACUCACCACCGCCGAAACCGCCAUCCUGCGCAACAUCGACGACUUGCACUGGAGCAAGAAAGAAAAUUGUUACUGCGAUGCCACUAUUGACGACUACGAGGAACACUCGUUGGUAUGCCACAAGGGGUAUAUUUCCCUCUUCCCGUUUUUGACGGGCUUGUUGGACCCAGAGAGCGAGAAAUUGGGUCACGUGUUGAAGUUGAUUGGGAACGAAGAGGAGCUGUGGAGUGACCACGGUAUUAGAAGUUUGAGUCUGCAGGAUGAAUUCUACGGCACGGAUGAAAAUUACUGGAGAGGCCCGAUCUGGAUGAACCUCAAUUAUCUUGUUGUGGUGCAACUCUUGAAAUACGCACAAACCCCGGGCCCUCACCAGAGCACCGCCACCGACCUGUACAGCCGGCUCCGCAUCAACCUCGUCAAGACCGUGUACGAGUCCUGGGCCGAGACAGGCUUCGCGUGGGAACAGUACAACCCCGAGACGGGCAAGGGGCAGCGCACGCAGCACUUCACCGGCUGGACGAGCUUGGUGGUGAAGAUUAUGGGGAUGCCGGAUCUGAGUGGGGGGAAGUGGACGUUAGAAGAGGUGGGAGAGGGGGGAGAUGAGCAUGAUGAGCUGUAG